UCAAAAAGUCUGUUAAACAGUUUUAGCGAACGGAAUUCUCUAUAUAUAAUUCCCUCUAAUAACUUUCUCGCCAGUCACUUGGUCUAUAUUUAACAACCGACUUCAAUCUUAUUUUAUGGUGGAGUAGCUGCUUCUUUUCCUGCGCCCUACAACUCUAUAACUUCUAUAACUCUAUAACUUCUAUAACUUCUAUAACUCUAUAGCUCUAUAACUAUAUCGCACUUAUCUCUCAUACAUACCUACCCUAUGUCUGAUUUUACCACGCCCAACCCAUCUGUGCCCAAUGUACCUGAAACCUCCCAAGAAGUCAAUUCUCUGGCUGCCUUGUUAGCUGAACAACGGGUUAACAACACUGCUCUGGUCUCACCUUAUACCAAAGGCCAAGAUAUCACUUCUUGGAUCAAGCAAUUUCAUCUCUCAGCCAAAGCCCUUGGUAUGUGUAGCGCCGGCUCUCGCAACAUGCAAAUGCUGAAAUAUUUGCCCCAGGAGGCUACCGAUUGGCUUAUGCGUGUCGCAGACCUCUCUAGCGCCGCUGAUGUUAAAGCUAAACUAGAAAGCGUCUAUGGAAUCGAUCCGCUUGUUCAGAAAUCUCUGUGUCGCCGACGUUCGGAAGCGCUUCAACAAGGACAACGCCGUGUUGCUGAAUAUAAAAUGCAUUUUGAGACUAUCGUGGCUGACUUUCCUGAAGAUAGCACCCUCUCCGACGAUGUAUUUCGACACAUCUUCUUCAGUAACCUUCGACCUGAACUUCGUUCCGCCCUUCUCGGUAUCAUCGAUCCAGCAGAUACUUGGAAAACACUGGCUGCUGCUGCUGCUAUUCGUGAGAAUGUCCUGUUCCUUGGCA